UAUUCUCUACGUUUGGUCAGUACUAUACAAAAUACAAUGCACGUUUGUAGUGUAGGUUGGCAGUGUUAGGCUGGCAAUGGGGGUGAAGGUACGGUGAAAUACUAAGGAAAUGAGAGAAGAUCUGUCUCCACCCUACGACUCUCGGCAGUCGGCUCGUGAUGCGCGCAUGGAAAUAUAUAGGCACAUGGAUGGAGAGCAAAGCAAUUAUAAUAAGCGAGCCGGGAUGCCUGGAUCCCUGGAUCUGCACUCCUGAUCUCACCUCCAUUUGAUACUUCUUGGAUGCAUUAGGCACGCUAGGUUCAAGUACAACCAGGGAUCGGAUUCCAUUCCAGUGAGCUCUGUCUUCCACAUUUCUGUCUCUCUUUUUUUUUUUUUCUUCUCUUGGGUGGAUUGACAAGAAGCGAGAUGUAUGCGUCGUCCCGCGGACCGGCCAUGAAAGCCGGCGGCGGCGGCGGCGACAAGAAGCAGCAGCAGGUGGGUAUCAGGUUGCUGUCCGUCGCCGUCGGCUGCUUCCUCCUCUUCGUCGUCUUCACCCUCUCCUCCCGCUACAACGCCACCUUCGUCGUCGACACUCGCCGAGGCGACUUCCGGCCAUCGCAGGGGGACAGAGGCGGCGACGGCGGCGAGGGCGAACUGAAGCAGCUUGCUCAGCAGAGCAACGAAAAGGCAGCAGUCACAGAAGCAGACGAAUCAGUGAUCGGAGAACAGGGCAACAACGUCGAGAGAGAAGCGGAGGCUGAGGAAGCAGAGCUCGAGAGCAGCGCCACCGCCGCAGCCGCCGCCGACGCGACAUCGAACUCCGACGAGCAAGCAAAGCCAGCCGCCGAGGAUGCGGACCCGGACCAAGACAAAUUGCGGACCGCAGCCACCGGAACCACCGCGGAACCCGCCGUGCAAGCGACGUCUCCUCACCACCAACGUCAAGGAGACGACAUGACACGUGCAGCUGCAGCCUUGGUGAACCAGCAGCGGCAACCACUGUGCGACCUUUCGGGCUCACGAUCUGAUGUCUGUGACUUCACCGGCGACAUCCGCUUGGAUGCCAACGCCUCGGCAUUCAUCGUGGUCGACCCAACGGGCGACGCAAACGCGCCGACGUACAAGGUCCGGCCGUACGCACGGAAGGGCGACGCCACGAGCAUGAGCCGUGUCACCGAGGUCACCGUGCGGACGACGACGGCCGACGCGCCGCGCUGCACGGCGACGCACGCCGAGCCGGCGGUGGUGUUCUCCAUCGGCGGGUACGCGGGCAACCUCUUCCACGACUUCACCGACGUGAUCGUGCCGCUCUACGGCACCGCGCAGCGCUACGGCGGCGUCGUCCGCCUAGUCGUCGCCGACGCCGGAGCGGGACCGUCCCGGUGGCUAGCCAAGUACGACGCCGUCCUGCGCGGGCUCUCGCGCCACCCGCCGCUCGACCUCGCCGCCACGGCGCCGGGGGAAGAGACGCACUGCUUCGGCCACGUCGUGGUCGGCCUGCGCGCCGCGCACCGGGAGCUCAUGAUCGACGAGCGGGAUGAGCGCAGCAGCGGCCCGGACGCGGUCGGUGUCGGGAUGGUCGACUUCGCGCGGUUCCUCCGGCGCGCGCUCUCGCUGCCCCGGGACGCGGUCACCACGCGCCCCAGCAGCGACGCCGUCGCCACGGGCACGAAGAAGCCGAAGCCUCGCCUGCUGAUCGUCGCCCGCCGCGGCACCCGGCGGCUACUGAACGCGGACGCCGUCGCGCGCGUGGCGGAGGAGGUGGGGUUCGAGGCCGUGGUGAGCGAGCUGGAGGUGAGCAAGAGCGACGACGGCAUCGCGGAGGUGGGGCGGCGCAUCAACUCGUUCGACGCGGUGGUGGGCGUGCACGGCGCCGGGCUGACCAACAUGGUGUUCCUGCCGCGGGGGGCGACGGUGGUGCAGGUGGUGCCGUGGGGCGGGCUGCAGUGGAUCGCGCGGAUGGACUUCGGCGACCCGGCGGAGGCCAUGGGGCUCCGGUACGUCCAGUACGAGAUCGCCGUGCACGAGAGCUCGCUCAGGGACAAGUACCCGAGCGACCACGAGAUCUUCACCAACCCGACUGCGUUGCACAGGAAAGGGUUCAAGUUCUUGAGGCACACCUUCUUGAUCGGACAGGAUGUCACGCUCGACGUCGACCGCUUCAGAGUGGUGCUGCUCCAGGCGUUCCAGAACCUCACGACGACGUAGUAGCUAUAUAUUGCGGCGUGUUCCCCGAUAGCUACCUGCACGCGUGCAUGUAGAGACUAGAGAGUAUAUACCGUCCAGCAUGUAUAUUCGUUUUUGUGUAUCCUCAUAUUAUUGUUUUAGGUGUCCGUAACGUGCAUGCACCUACUACUAGAUCAAUCUCGAGUAUAAGAUGAUGAGAAAAGGGGAUUAAUUCACAUCCUUUUUUGGUGGAGCUUCA